AUGUUCUCUUUCAAAUCUAUCGUCGUCAUCGCUGUUGCUUUCAUCGUCGGAGCUGAAUCAAGUGCACAAGCAAUUGCUGCUCCAUUGGUGGCGUCUGCUCAAGUGGGAUACGCUCAUGCUGUACCCCAGAAUAUCCCACCGUAUGCGUCACAAAUAAGCGUUGUCAACAGAGCUGUAAAUCCAUAUAUCGCAGCGCCAGUUGCCGCCGCACUCUCUGCACCUGUUGCGGCACCUCUUGCAGGCCCUGUUGCGGCACCUUUGGCUGCUGCUCCAGUAGCACCCGCUCCGUACGCUUCUGUAAUCUCUGCACCCUAUGCUUCCCCUUACGCUCUUCCUGCCGUAGGGCCAUACGGAGCUCCUGCUAGUUAUGCUGCUCCGUACCCUUACGCUUCUAAUCCUCUUAUCCGUACUGCCUUUGGCCUUACUCCAGCGUUUCUACGAUAG